GCCGCCUUGGUGAGGAACAGAUCCUGUGGAUGUGAUGCGAGACACGCUGACCGACGAUCUCCUGCCGAUCGCAACGUCGUCGUCCACAGAUGCGUAUCUGUACGUGUACGGCAGCGCGGGAACCUGCUCGACGCACGAAGACAACAUCAAGGAGUUCGGUAAAUGGAAGAUCGUCCCGCGGGUGAUGACCGACGCGUCGAACCGCAACUUGGAGACGACCCUCUUCGGUGUGAAGUAUCCCUCGCCGGUGCUUCUCGCACCCAUCGGCGUCCAGGGCAUCGUACAUCCCGAUGGCGAGGUCGCGAGUUCAGGUGCUGCCGGGAAACUUGGUGUGCCCUACAUCAUGAGUACUGCGUCGACCCGCUCCAUCGAGGCGGUCGCAAAGGCAAACGGACCCAAUGGCCACCGGUGGUACCAGCUCUACUGGCCUCGGCACGACGAUGUGACGAUCUCCCUGCUUAACCGUAUCAAGGCCUCAGGUUUCAGCACCCUCGUCAUCACGCUUGACACCAUGCUCCUCGGGUGGCGCCCGCACGAUAUCCAGACCUCCUACCUGCCCUUCCUCCAGGGCGUCGGGUGCCACAUCGGGUUCACGGACCCGGCAUUCAUGGCGCGCCACGGGGAGGAACCGCUCCCACUGGACAGCCACCCGGAGUUCCCGUACGACCCGGACAAGGUCGACGAGCGCAUACUGAGCGGCGAUGCGAAGGCGCAGCGGACCGCCGAGCUGGGCCAAGCUUGGAUCACGGAGGUCACCUCGGGCUGGUUCAGGACAUGGCAGCACUUGCCGUUCAUCCGGCAACACUGGGACGGCCCCGUCGUGCUGAAGGGGGUCUUGUGCGCGGAGGACGCCGAGCUCGCCAUCGACCACGGAGUUGAUGGUAUUGUUGUGUCCAACCACGGUGGUCGUCAGGUAGAUGGAUCGGUCUCAACCCUCUACGCUCUGCAUGCGAUCAUGCAGAGCCAGAAGGUCCGGGACGCGCAGGCGGCGGGCAAAUUCACCGUGCUCAUGGACUCGGGCAUCCGCACCGGCAGUGACGUGAUCAAGGCGAUCGCCCUCGGUGCCGAUGCAGUGCUUUACGGCCGCCCAUACAUGUACGCCUUGACUCUUGCCGGCGAGGAGGGCGUCGAGCACCAGAUCAAGUCGCUCCUCGCGGACACCGAGACGUCGCUCGGACUCAGCGGCUUCUCGAAUCUGGAGGAGAUCCGAGGCAAGUGGGAGAAGGUCCUUGUGAAGGACUGAACGUUGAAUAGUAUCUUAAACGCGAGACGGAGAGGCCAAUGUCGGAGCGCUCUGAGGCCUGUACAAGCUAGGACUGUAUUCAUAGACAAAUAACGCAUCGAGAACUCACCGAACAGAGGAAUGUAUAUGUGAAUUUCGGGAAAAG